AUGCUGGGUUCGGACAAAUCGACUUCCACUGCAGGUGUUAUACCCUGUGCAAUAGCCUGGCUUUUCCGUCUAAUCGAAGACCAGAAAGAGGCCACAAAAACGCGAUUCUCGGUUCGGGUCUCGGCCAUUGAGGUUUACGGACAAAAUGAGUCUCUGAAGGAUCUGCUACAGGGUGAAGGACCAGAAGGUAAGGUGGAUUUGCACAGCUAA